GGAUACUAAGUUGUCGAAGUCAUGGAUCGGAUUCAUGCACCACGUACCGCAAUCCAAGCCCAAACCCAUUGACCCCAUUAAGUCCGAAAUUGGCUAUAAAAGCAUGAGCGAAGAUGGUGCAAUCCACAUAAGAGUCAAGACACAAGAGAGAGAAAAUAAUAAUGGGAGGGUGGGCUAUCGCGGUGCAUGGUGGCGCUGGUGUGGACCCUAAUCUCCCACCACAGCGCCAGGAGGAAGCCAAGCAACUCCUCACUCGCUGUCUCAAUCUAGGCAUCUCUGCCCUUCGUUCCAAUGCUUCUGCCCUCGACGUCGUCGAACUUGUCGUUCGAGAACUGGAAACGGAUCCGCUCUUCAACUCUGGCCGUGGAUCUGCCCUCACAGAAAAGGGUACAGUGGAAAUGGAAGCAAGCAUCAUGGACGGUAACAAGAGACGAUGCGGCGCCGUUUCGGGUCUCACCACCGUCAAAAACCCCAUCUCACUCGCCCGCCUUGUCAUGGACAAGUCACCCCAUUCCUACCUCGCUUUUCAUGGCGCCGAGGAAUUCGCCAGACAACAAGGUGUGGAGGUCGUGGAGAACGAAUACUUCAUCACUCCUGAUAACGUUGGUAUGCUGAAAUUGGCCAAGGAGGCAAACACAAUCCUGUUUGAUUACAGGAUCCCGAAUGGGGGAUACGAUAGCUGCGGUGCUGGGAUUGAGAGUCCGCUGCAAAUGAACGGGCUUCCAAUAAGCGUGUAUGCGCCGGAGACGGUGGGGUGCGUGGUGGUGGACGGGUCAGGGCGGUGCGCGGCGGCGACGUCGACGGGAGGGCUGAUGAACAAAAUGAGCGGAAGGAUCGGUGACUCACCCCUGAUAGGUGCAGGGACGUACGCGUGUGAGGUGUGUGGGGUGUCGUGCACGGGUGAGGGAGAGGCCAUCAUACGUGGCACUCUGGCGCGUGAGGUGGCAGCAGUCAUGGAAUACAAAGGGAUGCCACUUCAGCAGGCUGUGGACUUUGUCGUUAAGCACCGCCUCGAUGAAGGGAAGGCAGGCCUCAUUGCCGUCUCCAAUUCCGGUGAUGUCGCCUAUGGCUUCAACUGUAAUGGCAUGUUCAGGGCCUGUGCCACCCAGGAUGGAUUCAUUGAGGUUGGAAUCUGGGAAUAAUUCAAUGUUGCUGUUUCCUCAUUCCCUUUUGCUGUUGCCCUUUUCUUCUUCUUAUCCCUCUUCAACUGUUCUAGUCUUAGAAUUUAUGUUGCUUCUUGUUUCUUCUUCUUCUUCGUUUCAUUGUCAAGUUUAUUAGAUGUUUCUCCUUUUCUAUCAUCCUCCAAACACACGUCCGUUUUUGUUCUCCUAUCCUUUCACAAACAAAAUUACUCA